AUGGACAAAAACAGCACGUACAACAUUUCUGGAUUUAAUGCAUCUGAUGAAUCGGGCACUUUUUCGAGCGACGUUAACCGCGUCCUCGAAGUACUUCAUUACACCAACUACUUUUUCCUUCCCACCUUUCUCGUCCUUGGUCUUGUAGGUAACUGUUUGUCCAUCAUCAUAAUGAUAAGACCCAAGUUUAAAAAUAUCACAUCCAGCAUGAUUCUUAUGGCACUCUCAGUUUCCGAUUCCGUUCUCCUUUUGACGCAACCGUUCAACAAAAGAUUUAUCAUUCAGCUCAUUGGUACAGAUCUUAGGGCACUGUCCGAUGUAGGAUGCAAAAUAUUUUUUGUUAUAUUCAAAACAUCAAAGAUGACAUCAUCUUGGUUGGUGGUCGCAAUGUGUGUAGAGCGUUUCGUAGCAGUCUGGUUCCCCUUAAAAGCCAAGUUUAUCUGCACCCGAAAAGUAGUUCGUGCUGGAAUCAUCAGCAUUUACGUCUUCAUAGGUACGUACACAUCUAUUUGGAGCUACGCUUCCAAGAUUAAAAACGGGAUAUGCCACCCAGACGUUUACAAUGCAAGUAAUCCAGAUGAAGUGGAACAAUUCGGUAGAUUUCUUCUAGGAGGAGUCAAUUUGUACUCUUUCAUCCCUAUUAUAAUUCUCUGUAUACUCACACCACUGAUAAUUUUCAAACUCUCGCAGUUAACACGCAAAAGACGCAGACUGACUGGAAAACACAAGACAGUAGACCAAAAGCAACAAGCUGAGUCUAAUAGGACAACCAUGAUGUUGCUGGGGGUGAUGAUUGCCUAUAUCGUACUUAUUGCCCCCGUCGGAUCACUUCAUCUGAGCGCAUUCAUUCUGCGUAAGAAUGCCUUCGGAGUUCAAAACAGCGGGUUUCAGAUUUAUACCGAGGUCACACAGAUAACCGAACAAAUUAAUUACGCCAUCAAUUUCUUCUUGUACGUUGUCACUUCAAGAAAUUUUCAACAUGAGCUUAAGAACAUCUUCCGUUGUGACCUGGGUUUAAAGCAAUCUCUUACAUCAAGCAUAAAGAGACGGUUCACUUCUGUUACAACUACCAAAGAGAGCUCGAGUGAUGUACCAUUGGAUGAAAAAUGUGGCUCUAACAAAAUUUAG